AUGUCUGAUACUUGCCCCAAAGUACGAGAGAGACAACUCAAGUCGGGUCGAACCUUGCUGCGCGAUCGGACCAUCUCCAGCCAGCCGGAUGAUCCAUCCAGAGAGCGACAGACACCGGACGCAGCAACCGCUUGCCGCAUGCGGAGUGCAGCCGCUGUGGGUGAUAGUUUGAAGUGUGCCUUGGAUACGGAGUAUAUGGCGUACAGCAAGAACUCUAUACGCAUACUUACAGCCAAGUAUAGGACUGAGUCUAGUGCAGCGGAAGGAUUUCCCUCGCAAGCCAUCUCAGCUAAGACCCUCCUUGUGUCCCAGCAACGGAACGUCCCAAACAGACCAAAGAAUCCCCGGGCAUCCCGCGUGUUUUGA